AAGGUGACAUAUGUCGGUUAUGUGAGGAGAGGACUGUGACGUUCACUUUUUCGUAUCAUUUAUUUUUGUUUACAUUUUCCAAACCAAACAUAUCGCGAUAAACGAUUGAUAAUAUAAGCGGAAACAUUCAACUAUCUCGACUCAUUCUGUCUAAGGAUCUCCGGAAGCGCAUUACACAUUUUGUUGUGUAUUAACGUUUGUAGCGCUAAAAAUGGCAGAUGCGUCGUCUAAGAUUAAAGUUUUGGACGGUGGGUUCUCGUCGCAACUGUCCUGCCACGUCGGCGACAACGUCGAUGGUGACCCACUGUGGACGGCGCGCUUCCUCCAGACCAACCCGCGCGAUGUGUACAAGACGCACCUCGACUUCCUUAAGGCUGGAGCUGACAUCAUCAGUACCAACACGUAUCAGGCCUCCGUCGGAGGGUUUGUAAAAUAUCUUGGAAUAUCGCCUGAAGCGGGAUUAGAUUUAAUCAAAAGCGCAGUGGGACUCGCAAAAGAAGCGAGAAAGGUAUACCUUGAGGAAUAUGCUAACAAUAAUACUUCAAAUCAAAACCCUUUAAUAGCGGGGUCGGUCGGGCCAUAUGGCGCGCAUUUACACGACGGUUCAGAGUACAACGGCGCCUAUGCCGACACCACGUCGGCUGAAACCAUGAGAGACUGGCAUAGACCUCGCAUUGAGGCUCUAAUAGUCUCUGGAGUUGACCUACUUGCAUUUGAAACAGUGCCAUGUGAAAAGGAGGCUGUGAUGCUUGUUGAACUGUUAAAAGAUUACCCAGAGACUAAAGCAUGGCUGUCUUUCAGUUGUAAGGAUGAGAAACAUAUUGCCCAUGGAGAAGACUAUCAAACCGUUGCAAGGAAAUGUUAUGAUUUGAACCCAGAGCAAAUAAUAGCCAUUGGAGUCAACUGCACAGCUCCGGCUAACAUUGUUCACUUACUAGAUGGCAUCAAUGUUGACAGGAUGGUACCCAUACCCCUUAUAGUCUACCCGAAUUCUGGAGAAAAGUACCACAAGGACCUUGGCUGGACCGAGGGUGAUAAGUUGCAACGAUUGGACUAUUACGUUCACAAAUGGUUAGACUUAGGUGUUAAAUAUGUCGGAGGCUGUUGCAGGACGUAUGCGGAAGAUAUUAAAAGUAUACGCAAACAAGUACAGAGCUGGUGUGAUAAGAAACAAUAGGAACUUGUUUACCAUAUCUCCGAGCACAAGGAGCUCUGUAUAUGAUUACUACACUCAACAUGCGCCUAACUUCACUAAUAUACAUUAUAAUUAUACCGUUAUCAUGACUAAUUCUAAGAAGUAUUAUUUGUUGUAACUGAUUGUUAUUACAUUGUAAUAAAAAUGUUAUCAAAAAUCAAA